GCGCUUUAUAUAGUACUAAAGGCAGGUAGCGCAAAUGAAUGUCUCCUUUCGCUACAACGGUGAAAAUGCAAUGAUAUUCCACCACCAUCUGCCAUCAGACCUUCGAGAAAACCCCUUCCAAAAAUGUCGUCGUCGUUGCAAAUUCGCGGCGGACCAUAUGCGUCCACAACAGCGGGAAUGGGAGGCCUUCCAACCAUAAUACCUGACGUCCCGAUAUGCGCAGUCUUCCUCGUCUUGUAUAUCGCAUUCGCUGCUACCAACAUGACCCUUUUUCAGAAAAAUCGCCGGCGGGGCCACAAGUUCGUGAUGUCUGGGAUGCUAUUUGGGUUCUGCAUGGCAAGAAUCACAACCCUUGUCCUACGUAUAGUCUGGGCCAAUCGACAACGAAAUGUCCGACUCGCUAUUGCCGCCAAUAUCUUUGUCAAUGCGGGGGUUCUCCUCGUAUACAUCAUCAACUUUAUCCUUGCUCAGCGUAUCCUCCGCAGCAAGCAGCCUCACAUCGGCUGGCACCCAAUCCUGCGCCAAGGUUCCAAGCUUCUUUACGUCUUAAUUCUCGGGGCCUUGGUGAUGGUAAUCACAUCCACAGUGGUAUCGUUGUACACACUGGAUAUGCAUACACGGUCUCAAUGUCGCGACGUCCAACUGGCAGCGAUCACCUAUCUCCUCGUCUUUACCUGUAUUCCUCUUGCACAGGUCCUGAUCGCAUUUAUCCUACCAAAGUCUCGACAGGAAGAGUCCUUCGGGCAAGGGGGGGCGACCAGCAAAGUUGCAAUUGUCGUUCUCUCGUCGUGCUUAUGUAUUCUCAUCGCCGGGUUCAAAGCUGGCGUCAAUUGGUCCCCUCCCCGGCCUGCAACCAACCCCCCCUGGUAUGACUCCAAGGCAUGCUUCUACGUGUUCAACUUCGUGUUGGAGAUCAUGAUUCUCUGUCUCUUAACCUUUAGCCGCUUUGACAAGCGGUUCCAUAUUCCUAACGGAUCUACGCGGCCUGGGGACUAUAGCCGUUGGACAUUACAGCCGGAUAAAGAGAAUGAUCAAUCUCAGCUAAGUGAACGGAAGGGGAUGGCGUCAGUACAGAACUAAAAUCUCCUCCCCCACAGGCCAGCCUCAUUACUACUUCAGUAUCAUUUUUCCAUCAUCGUUUUCAUACGUAUCGAUAAGAUUUAGUCGUCCUUUGUUCAAUCCUACCGCUCACUCAAUUUUUGUACAUAGUUAUGUCCGAUUGAUACCCUGGGACAUUGAAUAUCUUAAUAGCCUGUAGUUCCGUUAAUACGGAGCGACUUUCCGAACAUGGCUGGUCAUAUCGGCACCCUGCUGAGGCUGAGUCCAAUAUAUAUACCACUAAUGUACAGUAUCUUUAGACAGAUUUAUAUUCUCGUAUCAUAACUCAUGGAUCACUCCACCCAAGGCUCCACCAUCGCGGCUAUUCCGUUGGCCGUUAUGGCUAGACUUACGGCGGACUAAAUCUAGCUUACAGACCAAAUACAC